GCUUGUUCCAGCCCCGGGAUGGGCCCUAUCCGUGCCGGGAGGAGGCCUGCGCACCCGACGCCCGCUCCCCUUCCUUUCCUUCCGUGCGCGCUGGCGCUGCGGAUUCCCGGGAGCGGAGGGAGGGGGGUCCGGAGGCGCCGCGGGCCUUUUCAGAGAGGCAUCUCGCAGAGAGGCAGAGAGAGAAGGGCUGAAAAGGGAAAAGAAAUCCCAUUCCCGGAAGGAGCAGAGGCUGCUGUGUCCUUUGCUGACGUCACGGUCCAGUUUUCCCCGGAGGAGUGGGCGCUGCUGUUGGAGUCGCAGAGGGAGCUCUACCGAGACGUGACAAUGGAAAACUACGCCAGCCUCGCUUUCCUAGGCCUCGUGUCUGCCAAACCGGCCCUUGUUUCCAAACUAGAGCGAAGGCAGGAGUUGUACGAAGAGGACCGGCAACGGGAUGCUCCAAGCCUGACCCGAGGAGUUAGGAAAGGUGCUGGACCCUCCAGCAAGUCACCAAGUGCGGCCUCUGGGGUCAUCAGACGAUCCACACGGGGAAGGUCUCCAGAUCCCUCCCACAGAAGUCUAAAGGAAAAAGAUGCUCAGAAGGCAUCGCCCCACCUGCCCAGAAACAAUCCAGCACAAGAAGAGAACCAAAAGGCGAUGCCAAAGGGGCGCUACACAUGCAACGUCUGCGGGAAAGAUUUUUGCAGUCGAGGAAACCUCUGUGCUCACAAGAAGAUCCACAUGGGGGUGAGACCAUUUGAGUGCCAGGAGUGCGGGAAGAAGUUCAGACGUAGGAGGGACUUAAUGACGCAUAAGAGGACCCACACGGGGGAGAAGCCCUUUCAGUGCAAGGACUGCGGGAAGCGGUUCAGCCAGACGGCAAAUCUCUACACGCACGCCAUCGUCCACUCGGGAGAAAAGCCUUUCAGGUGCUCCGAGUGCGGGAAAAUGUUCACCCACAAAUUCUCCUUCACUAUGCACCAGAAGCUCCACGCGGGAGAUAAGCCAUACCAGUGUGACACGUGUGGGAAAAGCUUUGUUUGCAAGAAAACCCUUCGAAACCAUCAGAAGUGCCACCUUGACCCUCAGCCGUGUGUUCAUUGCGGGAAGACCUUCAGGUCCAAGGUGGGCUUGAAAGAGCACCUGCGGGCCCACACAGGAGAGAAGCCUUUUGUGUGUGACAAGUGCGGGAAGGGCCACACCAGCAGCAACCUGCUGAAGUACCACUUGAAUAGGUUCCACGAAAAAGAGCCCCUUCACCGCUGCAGCCAGUGCAACAAAAGCUUCUGGCAGAAGUCCUCGCUCAAGGCCCACCAGACAAUCCACAGCGGCGAGCGGCCCCAUAAGUGUGCAGAGUGCGGGAGCAGCUUCCGCCGCAAGAACACACUCAAGAAGCACGCGAGGACCCACACGGGCGAGAAGCCCUUUGCCUGCGCCGAGUGUGGGAAAUGUUUCGCCACCAAUUGCAGUCUCCGGGAUCAUCAGAUGAUCCACACGGGGGAGAAGCCGUUCAAGUGCAGCUACUGCGAGAAAAGUUUCCGGAACAACCGGAUGUGCCAGGAUCACGAACGGGUUCACACACGGCACCGGCCCAAGUGCAAGAAGUGUGGGAAGCAGCAGCGCACGGUGAGAAUGCUCAUGAUACACAUUAGAGUCCACACGGGGGUGAAGCCAUUUGAGUGCCCCCGCUGUGAAAAGCGUUACCACCGGAAAACCAAUUUGGUAAAGCAUAUGAAGACCCCUUGCAACGAGUAAACCCACCAAGGCUGGGCGCUGGACAGGAGCAGAGCCCAAGGAUGGGUGGUGGGUAGGAAAUAGAGUAAAUUCCUCUCUGGACUCCCCAGAAGAUCCCAGUGGUCUCCUCGUGAGAAGAGGAACUCUGGUGAAGGGCAGGAAGAGGCUUUUUUGCAUGCAAUUAAAUCCCAUAGGUCUGACUGUACAUGAUCUUCACCAGACAAAGGGAGAAGCCAUCCAGAUUAUUUGGAGAUUCCAGAGAAACUUUUCUCCAACUUGAGCAGAAAGAAAACCCUAGGUUCUGGUUGUGAACUGGAGAGGGAUUGUGCUAGUCUUGAGGGUGGGAGCCCAGUGCAUUUUCUGUCAGCCACUUGGCAAAAAUUCAGAUUUAGCUUAGAUUUUAUGUACUGCAUGUUCAGGAUGCUACAGGCAGGCUCGCAGGGCCUAGAUAAAAGAUUUGGAGCGUUUGGACUGCAGUUCUAUAUAAAUACAUUGUCACAUCUUUGUCUCUUAGUCCCUGAAAGCUAGCAGCUUCUGUGUAAUAGAUAAACUUAAUAAGCUGUAUUUAGGGGCAGUAAGGGCAGCAAAAAACCAAUAUUUUGCUGCUGCUAUCAAAUCAAUCUGCUGCCCAGCGGAGCUCUUCAGAAUUGUCCGGGGCUAUUACACUCUGGCCCCAGGGACAAGGUAGAACCAUCUGAGGCCCACUGUAAUGAAUUUGCUAGGCACUUCCAGGAUAAAAUCUUUAGCAUCCGCCAGGACUUGGACUCCAGUGUUAUAGCAGGUGAAUCAAGCGAGGUAUCCAGAGCGCAGCCUUGUUCCAAUUUCUUGGAUGAGUUUCAGCUGGUGCAGCUUGAGGAUGUUGACAAGGUGCUUGGACAGGUUCGUGCCACCACUUCUGUGCUGGAUCCUUGCCCUUCUUGGCUAAUAAAAGCUAGCAGGGAUGGAACAGCCUGCUGGGUCAGGGAGGUGAUUAAUGCCUCCCUGUGAGAGGGGGUGGUCCCUGGCUGCCUGAAAGAGGCAGUAGUGAGACCACUCCUGAAGAAACCCUGCCUGGACCCAGAAAAUCUUAACUAUAGGCUGGUAGCAAAUGUUCCAUUCCUGGGCAAGGUCCAUGAACGAGUGGUUGUGGGCCAGCUCCAGACACUCUUGGAUGAGACCGAUUAUCUGGAUCCAUUUCAGUCGGGCUUCAGGCCUGGUUUUGGCACAAAAACAGCCUUGGUUGCCCCGUAUGAUGACCUUUCUCAGGAGAGAGACAGGGGGAGUGUGACUCUGUUGAUUCUCCUUGAUCUCUCAGCGGCUUUCGAUACCAUCGGCCAUGGUAUCCUUCUGGGAAGACUGGCUGAGUUGGGAGUGGGAGGUACUGCAUUAUGGAAUGAUUUCUCUGACAAGGUGCGCCUGGCACCAACACUGUUAUCUUUUCGACGUCAGGUCAAGACUUUCCUCUUCUCCCAGGCAUUUUAGCAUGUGUUUUAUAUUGUUUUAAAAUUUUAAAUUGUGUUUUAAAUUGUUUUUAAAAGAUGUAUUUUAAAUUGUAUUUGUUUUUAGUUAUUGUAAACCGCCCAGAGAGCUUCAGCUAUGGGGCGGUAUACAAGUUUAAUCAAUCAAUCAAUCAAUCCACUAGUAUUUUUGGUAGUAGGGUUGCUAGGCUCAGGGCCUGAGACUGAUCCUGUAUCUUUAGGAGAAGAGAAAGUCAG